UAAAGAGGCGGCUUUCCUCUACAACUCUGCUUCAUUCAACGAAAAAUCAAAACAAAAAACAAUCGGUUCAUGCACAACUCAUAAAAACCCUAAAGUUGAUCGAAUUUCGAAAAUGGAGAUCGAGCAGAGGGCAGCAUGUCCAGAGAACGACGCACUGGUAGAAUACAUGCAAAAAUGGUGGACGGAAAUGUCCAAAAAUAAUCCCAAAACUUAUACCCACAACACUGAGAAGACCAUUCAGAAAGCUCUCAACAAUGUCUGUAAACAUAAGACUCCAAUUACAACUCUCAAGGAAUUCAAAGACAUCAAGGGUAUUGGAAAAUGGUUUGUGACAAAUAUGCGAGAAUUUUUCAACAGUAACUCUUUUACUUCUCAAGAUGAUGAUUUGGAAAAAGAAGGUAAGAAGGCUCGAGGAUCAAAGAGCUAUCUCCCACAGAAAAAUUCUGUUGCCUAUGCAUUGUUGAUUUCCUUAUAUAGGGGGACUACCAACGGAAUCGAAUUUAUGCAUAAGCAGGAACUGAUUGAUGCAGCUGAAGCAAGUGGUCUUGCUCGAGUUCCAAUAGUGCCAGAAAAGGGCAGAGGCAAACCAGGGGCAUUUGGGAGUUCCCCCAAGGAAUGGUACAGUGGAUGGAGUGCAAUGGGUAAACUGAUUGACAAAGGUCUCGUUUAUAAGACAAGUUGUCCUGCAAAAUACAUGUUAUCUGAUGCGGGUCGUCGGGUUGCAAUCGAAUGUAUAUCCAGAUCCGGUGUGCUUGAUUCUGUUCAAAAUGUGGUAAACACAGAAGAAACAUCAGAUUCAGAUGACCAAGAUGCGGAGAACGUUGAACUGGUCUCUUCUGAUAUACUCACAUUUUCUGAUCAGAACACAAGAAAGGGCAUGAAGGAUGAUAUUCCAAUGGAGUUUCUUGAGAGGUUCACAAACUUGGGUUUCACAAGGGAACAAGUUCUACGUGUGUUGGCAGAAGUAUCUAAAUGUUCGUCACCUGAGACUCUAUCUACCAUUUGGCCGACAGUUCUGUGCAGACUGCGAGAGGAUGCAGUUUUUGGCUCCCGCUCUGGUUUUCAGGCAACAGUUAGGAGAGACUCUGGUGAUGCAUCAACUAGUUAUGAGCAUAUUGAUGAUCAACGAAGUCUCACUAAUGGUAUAAUUCAAAAUGGUUGUACUUCCUUCAGAUCAAUUGCAUCUCCUCUUACUCAUGUUACGUCCUUGAUUCCGUGCUCAUCUUUGAAUUAUCUUGUGGCACAGGGUAGUGAACCACUUCGAGUCGGUCAAGAUGUUCUUAGAUUGCCCCCGCUAGAAGAUGUGCAGAACUUUGAAGAUGCAUACAAUGUUGUCUUGAUAUUGGAUGACCGAGAACACUUUAUCAGGACCAAGUCAAGACAACUUAUCGAAAAGAUAUGUGAUGAAUUCAAAAUCCAAAUAGAGACUAGACGUUUGCCGGUUGGAGAUGCAAUUUGGAUUGCGCGUCAUAAACAAGCUGGUAAAGAAUACAUCCUUGAUUUCAUUGUUGAGAGGAAAAAUGUUGAUGACCUGCGUGGCUCAAUAAGAGAUAACCGCUACAAGGAUCAAAAACUGAGACUUCAGAGAACUGGUAUCAAGAAGAUUAUGUAUGUGGUGGAAGGUGAUCCAAACACUUGUGAAGGAGCUGAUAGCAUUAAAACAGCUUGUUUUACUACAGAGAUUUUGGAGGGAUUUGACGUGCAAAGAACUAGUAGCCUGGGUGAUACUCUUCGCUGUUUUGGCUUUCUAACUCUGGCAAUUACUGAAUACUACAAAUUAAAAUCACGUACUGAUGAAUCCAAAACUGUUGGAAGCUGUCCUGUUUAUAAUCAAUUUAUCAAGCAGUGUGAAGAUGUUGAUAAGAUGACAGUUAGUGAUGUCUUUGCCACACAACUUAUGCAGGUUCCUCUUGUGACGGAGGACAUUGCUCUUGCUGUCUUGCAUAGUUAUCCAACUCUCUAUUCUCUUGCUCGUGCUUAUGCUGAUCUGGAUGAGGAUAUUGUUGCUCAGGAGGAGUUACUUAUGAAGGAAAGCAAAGGUGUUGUCAACAAAGUUGCAAGUAGAAAUAUCUUCCGCUUUGUUUGGACGUAGUUGAUGCCUUGUUAUGAUCCUAAAUGGUGGGACAGUUGAAGCUUAGCUCUGUAUCCAUAUUCUUAUCCAUGGGUGUACAAUGCCAGGAGAAUGCUGAAAAGGAAAUCACUUGAUUGUGGAUAACCAUUAUUUAUGCCAGGUUACCAAGCGAGCCUUAGUAUUAAUAUUUAUUGGUAUGACUGCGCUCUGGUUUUUCUAGGUAUGGUCAUUGAAAGCUUUGUUAUUUUGUUCUUGUAGUAUGAAUGUACGCUACUAAUUGUGUUGAUAAAGAGCACUCUAACGUGUAUAUACAAUCUAAUUGUUAAAUAGCUUAAUUUUCUAUAUCCUCAACCAAUUUUAUUUUUAGGUAUCGUAUCGACUUUUGUUUUUUUCGGAGAGGAUUUGUAGGUAUCGACUUAGUUAUAAUAUCGUUUCUUCAUUUUUCCAAUGUUAUAUUUUCAAAGAAAUCUUGAUAUAAGGAGUAACAUUUAAUUCCAUGGCAUUCAAUUUCCUUAUGAAUUUCUCCACAAGAAUCUUAUAAACUAGAGUGUAGUAUACUUUUCUGUUUUAAUGAGGAAAAUUUGAAUUAGAUAAGAUAAUUCAUCAAAAAAAAUCAAUUAUCAAGCUUUUACUAAACUUAAUUUUAAAUAUAAGCGUCUGGAUUCUAAAUUUGAGGUUUGAGUUGUUCACAGUUAGGGGUGUUCAAAAUAUCCUGUUUGGAAAAUCAGACUUGAAUUAUUCGGUAUUCGGUUUUCAAAAUCGGAUAAUUUUAUUUGGUGAACUAAAUCCGAAUAAUUCGGGUGGGGUACUGGGUUUUAAAAUCGGGUCGGUUACUAGGUUUUAAAACCAGAUAUUUGGGUCGGAUACGGAUUGCAUUUUUCGAAAUCCGGAAAUCC